AUGGAAAAAUUUGUUCAAAAGACAAAAAAAUUAGAUGAAGAACCACAACAGUCCCAAUCAUCAUCACUGUCAUCACAUUCAGAUCCAGUAGAAGGGAAGUUCCAAGGCGCGGGCUCUGUGCGGCUACCAGCCCCGCACAGGAUUCGAACCGGCGGCACCAAUGAGGCAGGCGCCUCGUUCCAGACACGCUCCAGCCCAGCUUCGUCCCGCGCCGCCUCCACCCAGGAAGCUCUGCAAAGGAUUAUCUCUACUCUGGCAAACAAAAAUGAUGAAAUCCAGAACUUUAUAGACACACUGAACCAUACAUUAAAAGGUGUUCAGGCUAAUUCUUCUAAUGUAAUUGCUGAACUGGAUGAGGAAUUUGAUGGACUGUAUUCUAUACUGGAUGAGAUGAAGGAAAGUAUGACCAACAGUAUUAAGCAAGAACAAGCUCAUAAAUCUCAAGAACUACAGAAUCAACUUAGCCAAUGCAGUAAUGCCCUGGAGAAUUCUGAAGAAUUAUUAGAAUAUGCUGCACGGUCACUGGACAUAAAGGACCCUGAGGAGUUCUCAAAGGCUGCCAGACAGAUCAAAGAUAGAGUCACAAUGGCUUCAGCAUUCCGCAUCUCUUUGAAACCAAAGGUCAGUGAUAACAUGACUCAUUUAAUGGUGGACUUCUCUCAGGAAAGGCAGAUGCUCCAGGCUUUAAAGUUUUUGCCAGUCCCCAAAGCUCCAGAGAUAGAUCCAGGAGAGUGUCUGGUAGCUGACAAUGCGGUAACGGUAGUGUGGAGAAUGCCAGAAGAAGACAACAAAAUUGAUCAUUUUGUAUUGGAAUACAGGAAAACUAAUUUUGAUGGGCUUCCUCGUGUAAAAGAUGAAACAUGCUGGGAUCUGAUAGAUUAUAUUAAGGGCACUGAAUAUACAUUAUCUGGACUGAAAUUUGAUUCAAAAUAUAUGAAUUUUCGAGUAAGAGCUUGCAACAAGGCUGUGGCAGGGGAAUACUCUGAUCCGGUGACUUUGGAAACUAAAGCACUUGUCUUCAAUUUGGACAAUACAUCAUCUCAUCUGAACCUAAAAGUUGAAGAUUCUUAUGUUGAGUGGGAUUCUACUGGAGGCAAAGGCCAAGAGAACAAAAUAAAAGGAAAAGAAAAUAAAGGCAGUGGCCAGAUUACCGUACUGAAGAACAAUACAACAAGAAGUGGAACACCGUCUCCAAAAAGGACCUCUGUUAGUUCAAGAUCACCAUUGAUAAGGGGCAGCAGAGAUCGCUUUACUGGUGAAUCGUACACAGUGUUGGGAGACACUGCUAUUGAAAGUGGACAGCACUACUGGGAAGUGAGAGCUCAGAAGGACUGCAAAUCCUACAGUGUCGGAGUAGCAUAUAAAAAUCUAGGAAAAUUUGAUCAACUGGGAAAAACGAACACAAGCUGGUGUAUCCAUGUCAACAAUUGGCUACAAACCACCUUUGCUGCAAAGCACAAUAAUAAAGCCAAAGCCCUAGAUGUUCCUGUUCCAGACAGAAUAGGAGUGUACUGUGACUUUGAUGGAGGUCAGCUCUCCUUUUAUAAUGCAAGUUCAAAGCAGUUGUUACACACCUUCAAAACAAAAUUUGCCCAACCGCUAUUACCAGGUUUCAUGGUCUGGUGUGGUGGACUUGCACUGAGUACAGGACUGCAGGUGCCGAGUGCUGUGAAAAUGCUCCAGAAGAGUGAAAAUGGAUUGAGUGGAUCAGCUAGCAGCCUAACCAAUGUUACCCAAUAAUGUGUCUAUUUAGAUACUUUACUACUGUUUGAGAGUUUUUCUGUGCAGCUGCUAUUCACAGGAACUUGUGGGCGUUGGAUUAACUGGCUUGGCUACCCGCUGCUGCUUUAAGGCCUGGGCACCACUAGUGCAUAGUUUCUGGGCUGAAGCACUAGCAGAAACUUACUAUGAAUCCAUGGAGCCAGAAAAAAAGCUAGGCUGACUUUUUUGCUAUUCAGAUGGGGAAGUCAGGAACUAUAGCUAUGUGCUUUAUAUUAGACUGAAUUUGAUAGUAUUAGAUACUUGAUCAUUUCAGUAUAAUUGCACAUAGCAGGUAUGAUCUUAGUUUGAAAAGCACUAACUACUACUUGCUUUUCACUCCUUGUUCUUCCACCCUGAAAAGGAAUUAAUUUUGAGGUCCUAAAUGGAAGCUUUGAAACGUUGACACUGAAGAAAUCAGUCCCUCAAGUGUCCAUAUAUGCAUAUGUCAAGAUACAAGUUUGAGACUUGAGAUGUUCUCCUAGAGUUGCUUGUGUGAUGUUUUUGACACAGGUUGGUUACCUUCCGGUAUUAGAAUAAAUAUUGUAUUGUAUUGUCAGGGUGUCUAGUUAUCUAAAUGGGCACUAUGCUGAAGAUGUAGGCUAUUCAUAGUUAGAACACAAGCUCGGUAAUCCUCUGUCAUAAUUUAGUGAGAAUGAACAAUUCACAUCAGCUUUACACCAGUGGUUUUCAGAGCAUUCCUGAUCUUUACUGUGUGAGCCCUCGGUUUAGAUUUUUGGGGAGACGUGCAUAAAAGCACACUUUCCCUUAAUACUACCCUCAAACUUUCAGCUAUAUUUGAUUACUUUUUAAGCAUCCAGCUUAGAGUACGGGUAGGCUUUAAAGUACUUCCACACUUUCUAUAUUUGUCUUUUUUAAUAUGCUGUUUAAAUAAUGUUUUAUCCUGUUUCAACCUGAUUUAUAGAAUACCUUUAACAUACUUUCUAAUGUGUUUGAAGUAUGCAAACAUGCAAAGGAUGACAGUGGCAGGAUCUUGGGUUCUAAGACUUAAAAAAUGCAGCUAAACUAAAGCUUAGGUGCCCCAAAACUUACUCUGUUGCGUUUGACAGUCUUCUUUAAAAUGUUGUAACACUCCUUUCACUAAAAUACAUAGUAUUCUUGCACGUUAAUGUAGCAGAUCAGUAAGUCCUACCUUAACCUAUAUGCACUGUUGCUCCUUUUAAAAAAAAAAAAAAAAAAAAAAAAAAAAAAAAAAAAAGCAUAUGAAUAGCUCUUAAAUUAGACUGGGCAGCACUUUGCUUACUGCUCAAUCCAACCUGUAUCUGCUCUAACAUAGAGAGAGAGCAAAAAGGAAGAACAACUCACUAGCAAAACAUUGUCUAAACAGAAUGUGACUGCAAAACUGGAAAGCUACUAAGAGCUUCAACAUAUAAGAGCAUGGCUUAAAUGGACAAGGACCACUUUGUAUAUCUUUAGAAAGCCAUGGAUUUUUUUUAGUUCUGAACCCCUUCAAGCAUUUACCUUUUGGUUUUAAAUGCAUCAUCUCCCCCCACCCUCCCCGAAAGGCUCCCCAAGCAGCUCUUUCCUUACUGCAUGUGGUGUCCAGAAGGAAAUAAUUCUGGUUGUGCUGACUAAACAGUUCUCUUACACAUUCAUUCUCAUGGAAGGGGUAUUUUUUUCCAGCUGUGUAGUUCUCCCCUGAAACAGGAUAGAGAAUUAGGUGUUACUAGACCUCUGCACCAACACUCCUCCCAUCUUAAUGGUUGCAACUCUUAGGUUAUUUUGUACUCCUCUGUAAAGAAGGCUAGUCUAUAUUGCUUUUUAUAAAAAUUGUUUAUGGUUCAUGUGCUUUGGGAGAGACUUGUACUAGUCCUGGGGGAAUUCUGCAAUUGUUGCAUAUGGAGUCAUUGUAAAAUUGCAGACUUCCCCCAGGAUUCACUUAUGUUGCACUCAAAAAAACAAAAAAACUAACAGAUUCACUAUUCAGUAUAGGGGAUUUUUCUGUAUAAAAGAUUCAGGUCACUCGCACAACGUUCAUAUGGAUGUCUGCUCUCCACAUGUUACUUCUCCUAUUGAGGCAACCAGUUAUUAAUUGAAGCAAAAUGCUAUUAAUUGGAGUUAUUAAUUGGAGAUCUUGAAGAGGAUGUCCAGUGAUCCCAGUCCUUAGUAGCACACCUAGUAGUGUACAGUACCAAAAUUCAUGUUAAUGGAGAGAACAUUUUAGUAGAAGAGUCUGUCUAGAGUUAAAUCUAUUUUAGCCACUUUUAAUCAGUGUUUCUCUUAGUAGUCUAGUAAUGGGUCCCACAAUGACCUACAGAUGGACAAUAUUGUCUCAGAUUUUAAUUCUAUAAAUGGAGGUCUCGUAUAGUGCACCAUCACACUAAGACUUCUCUACAAGCAUAAUGCUAAUGGCUGUGGUGAAAUAGCUCCCUUCUUGGGAAUUGAACUGAGGGACAUCAGGAAGGGUGGUUUUCACUCUGCACCUUCAGUUCCUGGAAACAGACAUACCAUCUAAGGUUAGGAGCACUUAAGGCCUUCCUCUUGAAGGAAAGUCGAGGGAAGAAAUCUGAUGCAAUAACUUUGGAGAUUGCAGGCAAAAUUGGAUAUAUUCAAUCUGUUUUAUACAAAAUUGAGUUUGGCCCUUGAUCUCCAGUGAUGUUGCAUGGCAUUUUCUACUCCUUUUUAAGCAACGGAAAAUAAACUGAUUCCCUUUUCUUUGGUAUUCAGUUCUGUAUGUAUAAAUUUAACAUUUUUCAUGCUUUUUAUAAUGCAGUGUUAUAAAUCUUCAGGAAGAAACCUGCUUUCAAUGUGUUUUUCCUUUGCUGUAUUUGUCCAAUUUAAAUUUUGAAAAUUUGAAAAAGCUUAAGUGAUUGAAUGAUUUUUGUACUUAAUGAGCUCAGUAUCUGAAUUGGCUUAUCAUAGGACUUUAGGACAGUUCAGCCAGCCGUCAUCUACUUAUCUUGAUUUUUUUUUUUAAAAUCAGGUCCUUAAUGCAGCAAUGUGAGCCUUCAUAAUGUCCAGUGACUUGAGGGAGUUGAGAAGCAUGUAGGAUGGGGCACAAAAUUGUGAUUUAGAGCAAGGUGUAAACUUUGUUUCUAUUUUGAGACUUAAGUUGAUGGUAGCAGAGGUUAGUUUCUGUUCCUACCUAUCCAUCUCUAACUUUCAAUCUGGGCUAGCUAGCUACAGGUCCUACCAUGUUUCCUUUACUUUGUGUAAAAGUAAAUAUACUACAAGUUAACAUGCUUAGGGAAAAACUCAGUAACCACUGAGUCAGGCCCCAAAAUUGAAUGGAGAUACCAUUUGCAUAUGUUAAAGUCAAUGUAAGGAAACUUGCAAGAUACACUUGAUUAUGCACAAGAUGUAAACAAUGGAAUUGAGUUUUUUCUAAAACUAUUAUAGUAGUUUAGUUAGAAAUUAGCUGAAGUACUUAGUGCUGUGACUUACGCUGCACAGUUUGUUUUGACUGAUAUCAAAGAUGCAGCGGUUCUAAAUAAUUAUGGGCUAUUUUGCCCUCACAGUUUUAAGUUACUCUCCAGUAGUUAAUGCACAAGUGUUGGAUUUUUGCUGCUAAAUCUCUUUUUUUAGUAAAUAGAAUAUGGAGAUGAGGAAUUGCCUUAAGCACUUUAGAUACGUUUUCUUAGAUUAUGAUUUAUUUGUGCUAGCAUCUUGCAGAUCUGCUUUUUACAUGUGUGGAAAGUACAGGCAUACUAAGGGUAUUGCAUAACACCUUGGGUGCUAUUUUUAGGUACAGUGUAAGCAAAGGUAAAAUACUAGAUGCAGCUUCAGAAUGUGUUGAUGUAGUAAGAGUUUAUGGCAAGUAGGUUUCAUUGGAGGCUACUCUACCAUUUGAUUUGAUUGGGCAAACACGCAAUCCUCUUGAAUGAUGGCAUCUAGCACAGUGUUUCCAAGGGUGUGUAAUUUGUUGGCUUGCCCAUUAUAGGAUUCAAGUAUAGGGGAGUGGGGAUGGAGAGGCUGGUAGCAAAAUGGAGUUCUCUUGUAAAAAUGUGAUCUUUUAAAUGUUUCUGUAUACUUACAAAAGUUUAGUUAUGAGAUUACUAUUAGCCUUCAUAAAUUAUAUCUGUUUUGUUACCAAGGAAUACGUUCUUUUAAUGUAGUAGCAAACUACAAUACUUCCUUGCCUUUUUAUGCAAACAUAUGUGAAUCUAUUCAAGUUAAGAGAUUAAUUUUGGACAUGGAUAGCAUUACAUGCAUUCAUAACUUGUUUGUCUUCAGGUAUGGGGUAUCAAAGGUGGUGACUGAAUUUUCAGUUUAGACUUCCACAGCCCUUCUAAAAUCUUAAAUAGGAAAAUAACUAUUUGCCCUGUGUAACAAGGUUGCAGAGGCAUACACAUCAGUUUCCUGUGUCAUCCCAAUACUGCUCACUCACACCUUCAUGCACAAGAUGGGGAAACUAACUGGUUGUUAUAGGGGAAAAUAUCCAUGUUCAAGAAAAAGUAAUGUAAACUGUAGUCUUGAGAGCAUAGAUUAUGGAUUUUAAUCAUCUAAGUAGAUUAACUCAUCAAGUGUGAUCUUCCAUCUAAACAUUUUAAUGACUUUUUGGAAGGGGAAAUCUGGGUUUUACUUUCCGAGGUCCUGUGAAAUGGGCUUUAUGCAUAUCUGACUGUAAAGCAAAAGCUUUUCACUUUCCUCACCAUUGUUUAACCUCUAUUGCUGCAUGUGCCUUUUGUAAGUGGAGCCAUAAUCACUGCUCCUGCUGUGGCAUAAUGUGUUGAGUGUACUUAAUGAUCUUGAAUUGUCACGUCGGUUUUUACUUUACAGAUGGCACAUUGAUUUCCAUGUACAUCACUUUGACAAUACCUCAGGUAUUCUGUAAUCAGUGCUUUGUUCCUUAUUCCUUUAUAAAGAAUCCCAAAAUAACAGACCUGUCAUGGCAAAACUACAGGGGUGCCUUGGAGCCCACAGAGUAUUUUAUUUGCUGUCUUUAACUGAAGCUGUGUAUGUCUUACAAACAUUUUGUAUUAAUAAAUUAAUUUUGAAACAUUAGCUGCA